CAAUACUUGGCAUAGAGCUGGGGGCAGGUUAUUGUGGCUGAGUGGUGCGCCCUUAUUUAUUACAGUGAGGCGCAGGGAGCCUGCAGUCAGCACCGGGAAGAAGUGCACACCCUAGGGUGAUCCUCUGGAAACAUAGCGACCGCGGGCUGAAGAAUCAGAAAAUGACUCCUCUGUGGCAGCAUUGAGAAGUAACGGGGCCCCGGAUAGCAGGAGGUAAACGAUACCUCUUGGCAGCGAACAAGCUAAGGGUGAAGGAACCUGACGGAUCAGUCUGGAGUGUGGUCCUCUACUUGACCCGGAGGAGCUCACCUGGGAGUACAAAUAGGAUAAAAAGACCCCUAAUCUGAGGGCUCACUGGAAUGGGCGAUGAAGGAUGCCCCUUCUCAGGUGAGACUCUAUAAAUGAGCAAAAGACUUGAAAAUCUGUAAACCUGACGUUGAAGCCGGACCCCUGGACGGAUGGAUGACAUUUCCUCAAUGCUCGUCAGCUUUAGGGCACCUGCACUCUAACCUUCCCAUCACUGGACUGGCCCCCAUGAUUUAGGAGGAUGAGAAAGCUAAGACGCUUUGUCCACAUGGUCCUGUUCUGCCCGCUUUCCAAAGGUCUCCAGAGUCGUCUUCCUGGUAUCAAGGUGAAGUAUCUCUUCUUGGCAUGGCUUGGCAUCUUCGUGGGCAGCUGGGUGGUGUAUAUCCACUACUCGUCCUACUCAGAACUGUGCAGAGGACAUGUCUGCCGCGUGAUUAUUUGCGACCAGUACAAGAAAGGGAUUAUUUCCGGCUCAGCCUGCAAGGACUUGUGUGAUGACCGCACGCUGGUCUUCCAUCAGUGCCUGUCCUCCUCGCCCACCCACCAGGUCUACCGGGGGCUCUGGAGGGAGAGAGAGGUCAUCAUCAAGUGCGGGGUGGAGGAGAAUCUGAAAGUGGACAGUAACCCGGACGCCGUCCCUCGGAGGGAGCUCGUCCUGUUUGAUAAACCCACCAGAGGGACGUCCAUGGACGAGUUCAAGGAGAUGCUGCUGAACUUCUUAAAGGCAAAUUUGGGAGACCAGACGUCGCUGACAACCCUGGUGAGCCGGAUUUUGACCAUGGCAGAUGUCAACGAGGAUGGCAAAGUGUCUUUGGCAGAAGCCAAGUCUGUCUGGGCCUUGCUGCAACUGAAUGAGUUUCUCCUCAUGCUCUCAUUACACGAGAAGGAGCACACAUCUCAGCUGCUCGGCCACUGUGGUGACCUCUAUGUCACCGAGAAGAUCCCUCACGACUCCCUCUACGGCACCCAGAUGCCCAGUUUUCUCCAAAACCUUCUCCCUUCCCCCGUGCACCGACUCCUCCACCAGUGGUUUGCUCCUGCCUGGCCCAGAAGAGCCAAAAUCGCCAUUGGACUGUUGGAGUUUGUGGAGGAGAUUUUCCAUGGAACGUACGGAAGCUUCUUCAUCUGUGAAACCAGCUUCAAGAACAUCGGGUACAACGAAAAGUACGACUUCAAAGUGGUGGACCUGAGGAAGGUGGCCACCGAGAUGACCAUCAAAGGCUUCCUGAAGGGACGCCACUGUGAGCAGAACUCGGACUGCACGUUCGGCAGAGACUGCACCGCCGCCUGUGACAAACUCAUGAAACAGUGUAAAAAUGACGUCAUCCAGCCGAACCUGGCGAAAGCCUGCCAGCUCCUGCAGGAGUACCUGCUGUACGGCUCGCCAUCCGACCUGAAGGAGGAGCUGCAGAAACACCUGCGGACUUGUAUGACCCUCAGCGGCCUCGCCAGUCAGAUGGAGGUCCACCAUUCACUGGUACUAAACAAUCUCAAGACUUUACUGUGGAAGAAGAUCUCAAAUACCAAAUAUUCCUAACUUGGCGGCCCAUGGACCUUACUUUGCUGCCAGAAGGGGCGUCCUGAUGCCAGCUGUAGAUGGUAACUAUUUUUGGUACAUAAAACCUCCAAGCAGCACCCUAUGGAGGAAAUGUGUACCUACUACUGUCCCUGUGACCUACCUAUGUAAUGUUAGCGCAGGCACACUCGCCUACCCAAUCUGACACAGGUGCGGAGAGACACGACUCCACGCCGGGCAUCGAUUAGGACAGGAUCUGCGUGGGCAGUUGUCUCUCUUCACAUCAGAGACCCAGGAGGGCACGAGCCCAUACGGGUAGGUCCAUUACUCGCACACUAACAUGUUCUGAACACCAUUCACGUCAAUGCUGUUCUCCAGAUCUUCGCCAUCCGUCAUGUCAUUGUCCCAGGGAUUCAAUGUGA